AUGAUCGGAAAAAUUUUGAUUAUUUGUACAUUAAUUACAUUAAUUAACGGUUUAGCUUGGAAUUAUAAUCCAAAAAUUAUAAAUGGGGAGGAUGCCAAAGAAGGAGAGAUACCCUAUCAAGUAUCACUUCAGAAGAAAUUUAGCUCUUUCCAUUUUUGCGGUGGAUCUAUUCUUAAUGAAAAUUAUGUAAUUACGGCUGCUCAUUGCAUACAGGAUAAAUCUGCAGAAGAUAUCAAGGUCAUAUCUGGCACGAUCAAUUUAGCCAUUCCAAGAUACGAGAAUGAUGUCCAUAAAAUCUUUAUUCACGAAAAAUAUAAUUCUUCGGAUUCGUGGAAGAACGACAUAGCAUUGCUCAAGGUUAAGACACCAUUUGUGCAAUCGAAGUUAAUUUCCUUCGUCCCUCUUCCAUCACCAAACGAUACCAUUAAGACAAAUGAUUUGGCAAUUGUUUCUGGCUGGGGCAGACUCAGUCAAGGAGGACCAUCAACUAUUUACUUGCAACGAGCAGACAUCCUGAUUGCAAAUCAAGAAUAUUGUGAAUUAAUGUAUAAUAAAGUGAAUUACAAUAUUUACAACACUCAAAUUUGUGCAUACAAUCCAACUAGUGAAAAAGGAUCAUGUAAUGGUGAUUCUGGUGGCCCCUUAGUCGUCGAUGGAAAACUCAUUGGUCUCGUUUCAUGGGCAAUGGGCUGUGCCCUCACUGAUUAUCCAACUGUCUAUACCCGUGUUGUAUCAUAUCUUGAUUGGAUAAAAGCAAAUGCUGUAUAAAUUUUAUAGUUAACUUAUAAAA